AUGCUUGCAAAGACCCCUCCUCACAGGGCCAACGAGCCUAUCGCCGUUAUCGGAAGUGGUUGCCGGUUCCCCGGCACUGCGAACUCACCAUCCAAUCUCUGGGAACUCCUGCGCCAGCCACGAGACCUGCUUCGUGAGAUCCCUACCGAAAGAUUUAACGCCAAGGCAUUUCAUCAUCCAGAUGCUCAGUACCAUGGCCACAGCAAUGUUCUUCAUUCCUACUUACUCGAUGAGGACGUACGACGCUUUGAUGCACAGUUUUUCAAUAUCAAGCCAGUCGAGGCGCAAGCCAUGGACCCGCAGCAGCGCCUUCUGCUGGAAACGGUGUACGAAGGCCUCGAAGCUGCAGGGCUGACGAUUGAAGGGCUUCGAGGCUCAAAAGCCAGUGUCUAUGCUGGCCUGAUGUGCAAUGACUACGAAGCCAUCCUGCUCCGAGACUUUCAACAGAUUCCGAACUACCAUGCCACAGGAGUGGCGCGCAGUAUUGUAUCCAACCGCAUCUCGUACUUCUUCGACUGGCAUGGACCCUCUCUAACAGUGGACACUGCAUGCUCUUCGACUCUAAUUGCGGUCCAUCUUGCGGUCCAAGCCCUCCGCGCCGCAGAAACAAAUGUCGCUUUCGUAUGUGGAUCGAACCUGAUACUUGGGCCGGAAAACUAUGUCGCAGAAAGUAAACUGAAGAUGUUGUCUCCCGACGGCCGGUCCCGGAUGUGGGAUCAAAACGCGAAUGGCUAUGCACGAGGGGAGGGUGUGGCGGUCGUGGUGCUCAAGACCCUCAGCGCAGCUCUGGCAGACGGUGACCAUAUAGAAUAUGGUCGUACGCAAGGCAUCACCAUGCCCAGCGCUACCGCCCAAGCAUCGCUCAUUCGAGAUACAUAUGCUAGAGCAGAGAGACUUACCGGGACGCCUCCUUCCAGUCAGGUGUUCAGCCCAUUUGUGUUCUCGGCCCAUUCAACGCAAUCCCUGGUCGGAAACCUGCGCGAGUAUUCACGCUUCUUGGAGACCAAUUCGACCAUCAGCGCGCAGGAUCUGGCAUGGACACUGCGCGCCCGGAGGUCCAGUUUCCCGGCCAAAGUCUCAUUUCCAGCUGGCUCGAUCCAAUCACUCAAGGCAAAUAUUGACGGGUGGUUGAGGACCGAGGCCCAGUCCUCGGGAGGUACUAUCGGGGAUCGUAUGAGGGUUCCUUCGAGCACCGAUCGGCCGCGACUCUUGGGUAUAUUCACAGGCCAAGGAGCCCAGUAUGCACGAAUGGGGGCAGAGCUAAUUGAGCAGUCGCCCUACGCGGCUGCAAUUCUGGACAAACUUGAAGGUCGACUUUCACAGCUACCGAUAAGCGACAGGCCGUCAUGGUCCCUGCGCCAAGAGUUGCUAGCCAAGGCAGCCAGCAGUCGAGUCCAUGAAGCAUGGAUUUCCCAGCCUCUCUGUACAGCUGUCCAAAUUCUGUUGGUGGAUCUCCUGCGUCUCGCCGGCGUGCAGUUCUCGACCGUGGUAGGGCACUCAUCCGGAGAGAUUGGUGCUGCGUACGCGGCCGGUUAUCUUUCAGCCUACGAUGCCGUCUGCAUCGCUUACUACCGUGGCCUGCACAGCAAAUUGGCGCAGGGCCCUAAAGGGAUUGAAGGAGCCAUGCUUGCAGUCGGUACCUCGUUAGAAGACGCACAAGUUUUGCUCAGCAUGGAAGAAUUUUCCGAAAGAGUGACCGUAGCUGCCUGCAAUUCCUCUUCCAGCGUCACACUCUCUGGGGAUAAAGAUGCGAUUGAGGAACUGGAAGCUAUCCUUGAAGAUGAAGGAAAGUUUCGCAGACGCCUCAAGGUAGACAAGGCGUAUCAUUCUCACCAUAUGCAAAUGUGCUCAGACGCGUACCUGCAAUCACUGCGAGACUGUAACAUUCGACCGCAGCAACCGUCAGCCGACUGCGUGUGGCUUUCAAGCGUUUAUGAUGAUCCUGCUGUCGACUUUUCAUCGACGCUGCGUGGUCCUUACUGGGAUGAGAAUAUGGUUAGUCCUGUACUGUUUUCCCAGGCAGUCAAGCGAGCGUUCGCAUCCGGACCCUACGACGCGGUGAUAGAGGUUGGCCCUCAUCCGGCGCUUAAGGGACCAGCUACCCAAACCGCCCAAGAGGUGGGCUGCGAGGAGGAAUCCAUAGGUGGGUUAUCUAACGCCCUUGGACUACUGUGGGUGCAUCUCGGAGCCUCCGCCAUCGAUAUAGAUCGGUUUGAGCGGGAGUCCAGUGGCUGGCGAGACUACCAAAUGGUCCCUAACCUUCCUUCAUACCAGUGGCAGCACGAUCGUGCAUACUGGCACGAAUCGCGAAUUUCGCGGCAGAUGCGCCAGAGACAGCAUCGGGUGCAUACAUUACUCGGGGAUCUCUGCCCCGACAGCGCUCGGCAUGGCAUGAUGUGGAGGAAUCUGCUGCGACCGACAGAAAUUGGCUGGAUUAGGGCCCAUCAGCUCCAGAGUCAAACGGUCUUCCCCGCUGCAGGGUAUGUGGCCACUGCCCUCGAGGCAGUUCGAUAUCUUGUAUCCGAGCAGGAUAUCCGACUCACCACAAUACUCGACUUCAUCAUUCACCAAGCAAUGGUGUUUGACGACGAGGACGCGGGGAUUGAAGUGCUCACCUGCCUGGACGAUGUGCGCAGUGAAGAAGAGCCAAAGCGGGAGCGCGACAGGUUGACUCUGAUGGCCAGUGGUGAGGUCGAGAUCCUUUUGGGCGAACCCUCACCCGAUAUUCUUCCCUCUCGAGGACCAUCAGAGCCCAACAUGAUUGAGGUGGAGACCGAUCGAUUCUACCAUGCCCUGGAGGACCUCGGAUAUGGCUAUCAGGGACCAUUCCGAGCCCUAUCAGCAUUGAAGCGGAAAUUGGGGCGAGCCACGGGCCUUGUGGCAAGGAUGCCCACAGAUCCAACCGAGGCAGGGUUCAUGUCGCUCUGGUCCUUGCAUGUCCCUACUCGGAUUCGAUCGGUCGAUGAUCUGCCUUUUGAAUCCUCGCUGGCUGUCCCCUUUGCCAGCGCCACGGAGGCGGAUGAUAGGAACAUUUUCUCCGUCAUGCGGUGGAGCAGUGCUGAGGCGGCUGCAGACCAGAUUGUCGCCGGAUCACGCGCAACUGAGGAGGACUAUGAGCUGGCGCAUGUGCUCGAGCGCGUUUCAUCGUUCUAUCUUCGUCGGCUGGACGAGGACUUUGGCCCCGACCAUCCGGGACGAAGGGAACUGCCAUACAGUGCAUACUUCAACUACGCCGCUCAUGUGAACCAGUUGGUCUCAAGUGGCCAGCACCCAUAUGCAAAGGCCCAGUGGGUUGAUGAUAGCUUGGAGGAUAUCAUGGGCGCCAGUAAACAGUUUGCCGAUUGUCCUGAUAUCCGGAUCAUGCACACGAUCGGCCAGCAGAUGCCGCAAGUGAUCCAGGGGCAGACCACGAUUCUGGAACAUUUGGUGCCCACGGGCCUGCUGGACGAGUACUAUGUCAGAGCACUUGGGUUUCCUCAAUUCUCGCUCUGGCUGGCUCGACCGGUCAAUCAGAUUGUCCAACGGUAUCCUGCAAUGGACAUUCUCGAGAUAGGAGCCGGCACCGGGGGUGCAACGAAGAGCAUCUUCCGGCAUGUACAGGGCGAUUUUGCGUCCUACACCUUCACCGAUAUUUCCAACGGGUUCUUCGACCGGGCCCGAACCGUGUUCGCGGACCAUGCGGAUCGCAUGGAGUUCAAAGCACUGGAUAUUGAGAGGCCUGUGAAGGAGCAGGGCUUUUUUCACCACUCAUAUGACCUCAUCGUUGCUUCCUUUGUGAUCCAUGCGACUCGCAAGCUUGAGGACACGAUGCGCCAUGUUCGGAGCCUGCUCAAGCCCGGAGGAUUUGUGGUGAUGGCCGAGGUGACCAACAACGACCAGAUUCGGGGUGGAUUCAUAUUCGGGGCCCUGCCUGGGUGGUGGGUGGGCAUCGAUGAAGGUCGUGUGCUCACUCCAUGUGUAUCGCCUGCCAAAUGGGACCGAAUUCUGCGGAAGACAGGCUUCUCUGGCAUCGAUAUGAUUACGCCCGAUGAUGACAGGUUUCCAUACCCCGGAUCCGUGUUCAUCUCACAAGCGAUAGAUGACCGGGUCCAGUAUCUUCGCCAUCCCUUGUCCCCACCAAGAACAGUCUUCAACAACGGCGGGCGUGUCCUGCACGACCUCCAUAUCAUCGGAGGGGUGACCCUUCGCGUCAGUCAGCUUGCAGGUCAUCUGCAAACUCUGCUUUGCCCGUUCUGUGACACGAUCGUGACCUGGGAAGAUCUGGAACACAUCGACUACCAUAAAAUCACGACCCAGUCCACAGUUCUAGUGCUGACGGAGCUUGACCAGCCCGUGUUCCAAGACCUGACCGCAGAGCGCUUUCAAAGCUUGAAGCAGAUGUUCGGGUCUGAGAAGACCAUAGUAUGGGUAACGCAAGGGCGCCAAGCGGACAAUCCUUUUGCCAAUAUGACCGUCGGCUUUGGUCGGUCUCUCCUAUGGGAAGUUCCUGAUCUUCGAUUACAGUUCAUCGAUCUCGAGGACCUCCGGGCUGUUCAACCGAGAAUGCUAGCAGAGGCCACUCUUCGGUUUCGAGCGACUGCGCUGUGGAGCAAAGAAUGCAACAGGCAGCUGAUGUGGUCCACGGAGCCAGAAAUUGUCAUCGAUGCUGGGGGUCGCCAAUUGAUUCCUCGUCUGCAUCUCUUGAAGGAUGCCAAUGAUCGUUACAACGCCGGCCGACGCUCCAUCCUCCGGAAAUACUCCGAUAGCAUUGCUGUUGCAAUAGCCCAGGGAAGUGAUGGUUCCCAUCAUCUCAGAAAAGAUCAACGAGUGUACUCAGCUACAUCUGAUGCUGUUCAGGACUCAAUCCAUUUAAGACUCAAAUACUCCACGCUACACCGCAUGCAGACGCCGGUUGGCUACCAAUCGGUCAUUUUGGGCGUCGAUGCCAGCCGCGAUAAAGAUGCACAACAAUAUAUAGCUCUAGUAGAGCAUCCCAGCUCCACCUUGGACGUUGUGACUCAGUCAGCGUUCAUUUGCGCGCUGGAGCCCGGAACAGCGAUACCGACAUUAAUUGCCAUGGUUGCCGUGAAUCUGUUCUUCGCGUCCAUCGUUCAACAGAUCCUCCCUGGGCAAAACGUGACAAUCCACAAUGCAAGUCCACUACAAGCCCACAUUCUCUCGCGACGGGCCAAGGAGGUUGGCGCACAGGUUGUUUAUACCACCUCUUUCCAAGAGGACCCGAUCCACACUUCCUUCCCCGCCGUCCAAAUUCAGCCACACAUGCCACGACGCAGCAUCAAGUCAUUGCUUCCUAAUAAUAUCGCAUGCUUUAUUGACCUGUCCUCUGAGGCUACCCCGGCCGGGGGAGACUUUAUUCUCGACUGUCUCCCAUCCAGCUGUCGUCGACUCAGUUUCCUCUCAGACCAGCGACGAGGAUCAGGAGGCCCUCCGCUGGUGUACGCUAGCCACAGCAUCCAGGACGUUCUGGGGGCGGCCAUUAGUUCUGCUCACAGGGAUAUGCAAGAGAUCAAAGCCCGUGCAGAUGUCCCUGUGGUCAGCCUCGCUAACAUCGGAAGGGGGGACGAAUGCCCUCCCGCCAGCAUGCCCGUGGUCGACUGGACUGAUUCUGCUUCUCUCCUGUUACAGGUGUUUCCGGUAGACUCCAGCGAUCUGUUCCGGAGUGACAGGACCUAUUGGCUUGUGGGACUGACUGGUAGCCUCGGACUGUCACUCUGUGACUGGAUGAUUGGCCACGGAGCUAGAUAUAUUGUCCUGACUAGUCGACGGCCCGAUAUCGAUUCGAGAUGGUUGGAGAUCACACGGAGCCGAGGCGCUCUCGUGAGGGUUUUUGCCAGUGACAUGACAGUCGAAGAAAAUGUCAGAUCGGUAUAUGAGGAGAUCUGCGCCACGCUGCCGCCCAUUGCCGGCGUGGCACAGGGGGCCAUGGUGUUACGAGAUGGCCCCACCAGGGACAUGAGUUACGAAGACAUGAUGCAGGCUCUGCGGCCCAAGGUGCAGAGUAGCAUCCACCUAGACCGUCUAUUCUCGAACUAUCCACUCGACUUCUUUAUCUUCUUCUCCUCUAUGACCGCGGUGAUUGGGAAUAUGGGCCAGGCUAACUAUACCGCGGCCAACGCAUUCAUGUGCGCCCUGGCAGCACAGCGACGCAAACGUGGCCUGUAUGCAUCGGUCGUGAACAUCGGGGUCAUCAUUGGGGCCGGCUAUGUCACCCGUGAAGUCAGCCAGGCUGAUCAGAAGAACCUCCGUAAGGGAGGGUACAUGUGGAUGUCAGAGACAGACUUCCAUCAGAUGUUUGCCGAGGCCAUCGAGGCCGGUAGGUCCACCACGCUCUCAGAGCCAGAAAUCUCCACGGGUCUCCGUCAAGUCCCAGCAGAUGCGCCCUAUUUACCGAUCUGGUCUGAGAAUCCGAAGUUCUCCAGAUUCAUUCUCCGGGCAUCAGGAGAAGACUCCCAACGAGACGCAGCAAAGGCCGGGGGGAUCUCCAUCAAAGAUCGACUCCAGCUUGCCUGCACUCUUGAAGAUGCUCGGAAUAUUAUAGCAGAUACCUUCGCGGCCAAAUUGCGGUUGACCCUGCAGAUUGAAGACGACACAGGAGACCUGAUGAGUCGUCGGACGGACGAGCUGGGGCUGGAUUCCUUGAUAGCCGUCGAUAUCCGUUCAUGGUUCCUCAAGUCGUAUCAGGUCAAUGUCCCGGUUUUGAAGAUCCUGGGCGGAGCGUCCAUCGCGGAGCUGGUGGAGCAAGCAUUGCUUGACCUGCCAGCCGAAUUGAUCCCGAAUCUCGGACAGCAGACAGAGAGUAAUACGCGGGAGGGCCAGAAAGAGGAGCUGCCUUCGAGUCCGGUCCCUGGGGAGAUCCCUGGCGAGGAUUCACCGGCUCCAGUAUCAUAUUCAGAUUCUGUCGAUCACCUUUCCCAAGCAGAAUCCAGUUCGCCAGAAGAGGCGAUCCAACGAUCAGGUCGGUUAUCCUCCACCCAGUCUAUGUUCUGGUUUGUGCAUGCGUUGAUGGAGGAUAAGACGACACUGAAUCACACGGCGAUGUUCCGAUUGAGUGGGCCUCUGGAUGUCGACCGACUGCGCGAGGCUGUCACGGCCGUGGGUCAACGCCAUGAGGCACUACGAACAUGUUUGGUGAUAGAUGCCAGACAGCACAUCACCCAGGCAGUCCUGGAGACGUCUGUCUUGCGGUUGGAGCUCAGACAGAUCUACGCGGAUGACGAAGUCAUGGCCGAGUACGAGGCGCUGAAGCAGCACGUGUACGACCUCACGUCCGGAGAGACCAUGCGUAUUGUGCUGCUGUCGGGCUCGCCGGGGCACUAUCACCUCUUGAUCGGAUGCCAUCAUAUCAACGUUGACGGCAUAAGUUAUCAGGUACUCAUGGCCGACUUGGAAUGCGCGUACAAGGGGGAACCUCGGGACACGCCAGUGCUUCAGUAUCUUGACUAUGCUGACCGGCAACGCGAAGAGCACGAGCAAGGUGCAUGGGAUCAGGAAAUUGCUUUCUGGGAGCGUGAGCUGGGACCGAUCCCCAGCCCGUUACCCCCCGGCCGUCAUCUUCUUGCCCAUCGGCAGCCACUGCACGACUAUGGAGUCCAUUCCGUGAAAUUGAGGAUCGGCACUGCUCUUGCGAACCGGAUUCGUGAAGUGGUGCGAACGUGCAAGGCGACCGCGUUCCACUUUUACCUGGCGGCUUUCCGGAUUCUGCUGCAUCGCUACCUGAAUGCUCAAGAUGUAUGCAUUGGGAUUGCUGACGGGAAUCGGAGUGGCACUGGGAUGUUGGAUAGCAUCGGCCCAUAUGUGAAUCUGCUUCCCUUGCGGUUUGUGGCGCGGGAUGGGCAAUCCUUCCAGGAUGCCCUAGUCGAGCUGCCUUUCGAAGUCCUACUGAACGAUCCGCUCUUUCAGGCCUUCGUGGACUACCGGCAAGGGACUCGGGAGAGACAGCUGUUCGGGGACCUGCAACUGGAGAUGCUUCAUUUUGAGCCCGGACGAACUUCCUAUGAUAUCAACGCGUUGGUCGUCGUCAUGGCUCAACGGAAUUUGUACUCGCUAGGCGACGCAGAGGAAUACUCGUCCAUUCCGAAGGCGAGUAAGAUCCCGAAGAGACUUAUCCAAUACCGUAUUCCCACUAACUCGCAGCAUGAAGGCCCGGUGUUUCAACCACAGUGGUCCAGGACACUCAUUCACCAAUUCGAAACGCAGAGACAUUUGCACAAAACAGCCCUUCACAUCGCCAACGCUUCGUCUUGGUCAUAUGAGGAGUUAGGGCAACGCGUGGACCGCAUCGCGCGGGAGCUGAUCAGCUGCGGGGCACAACCAGGUGACAACGUUGCGGUAUUGCAGGACCGCACUGCAGAUUCCAUUGCGUCCAUGCUCGCCACGAUGAAAAUCGGCGCGGUGUAUGUUCCAUUAGACCCUAACGUUUCCUUAGCCCGACUGGCCAAGAUUGUCCGUGAUUGCGACCCGGUGGCUUUGCUGGCCGAUAGCAAAACCGUGGCUGAAGGGGGAAGCCUCGCACAACCAUCAGCAGCAGUGAUAAUCAAUGUGUCAGAGUUAGCUGCCUAUUCUAGCGGGAGUUCCUUAACGAACAACGCGGAGCCGGACGCUACAGCGCUGAUUUUAUAUACCAGUGGCACCACAGGCACCCCCAAGGGCGUCGCUCUACAGCACUCCAGUUUCUGCCACGAAGUGGAGGUCUCAGUGUCCACCUACAGCCUGACUCAAGACGAUCAUAUCUUGCAGCAAAGCGCCGUCAGUUUCGACAUGUCUGUUCUACAGGUAUUUCUAGCACUGGCGCAGGGUGUCACAUUAUGCAUGACUUCGGCGGCAAUGCGGGCGGAUCCAUCUGCUAUCAGUGCCUUCAUUGCAGAGGCCGGGGUGACAUUCACCUGUGCUACCCCGUCCGAGUACCAAAGUUGGCUACAAUCUGGUCACCGGCGUGAGAGCCUGCGACUGUCUGCCUGGCGCACAGCUCUCACGGGAGGAGAGCCAGCCACCACGGCCUUACUUCAUAGCUUCCGCGACCUGGGAAGACCUAGGCUUCGUUUGUAUAACGGGUAUGGACCAACAGGGACAACGUGUUGCUCCACCAAAAUGGAGCUGUCGUACCAAAAUGCGUCUCUAUAUGCCGAGUGUGUUCCAGCAGGGCGCCCCUCUGUGAAUGAAGCGAUCUACAUCGUCGACCAAGCAAUGCGGCUACAACCUGUCGGGCAGCCCGGAGAGAUUCUCAUCGGGGGAGUGGGCGUCGCGUCAGGAUAUGUCAACAAUGAGGAGUUGACCACAAGAGGCUUCGUAGCGGACGUCUUCGCAAGUCCCAAAGACCGACAGCAAGGCUGGACAACAAUGUAUCGGACCAAGGAUUACGGACAUCUCCGCCCGGACGGCUCACUCAUCAUCGAAGGUCGCGUAGACGCAGACACGGAGAUCAAGCUCCAUGGAGUGAGAACUGACCUGAUGGAUAUUGAGAGGUCGAUAUUGCAGGCUGCUGAGGGGACUCUUUGCAAUGUUGCUAUCUCGGUUCGCUCGGCCGCGGAGAAGACGUUUCUGGUUGCGCAUUGUGCCUUCUCACCCACAGGAUAUCAAUCAACAGCAGAGCAAGAACAGUUCCUGCAAGCUCUACUGCCUCAGUUGCCGCUCCCGCAAGGCAUGUGUCCUUCCGCAAUGGUCGCAAUAGACCAGAUGCCGUUGACCAGCGCAGGGAAGCUUGACCGCCGUGCGCUGUCUCACCUCUCCCUUCCAGCAUCAGCCGAGUCCAGGCAUGAAGCUACGGCUAUCAGCACGCUGUCCGACGCGGAGACAGAAAUGAAAGGUCUCUGGGAAGAGGUGAUUCCUGAGGAGCUCUGGAGCCAUCAUCGGGUCGACAGCCAAACGGACUUCUUCCAUGUUGGCGGGAGCUCGAUGCUCCUGGUCGAUUUGCAGGCUCGAAUCAGCAAUCGCAUUGGUACCUCGAUCCCUCUUAUCCGGCUUUUCGAAUCCAGCACGCUGAAAGGCAUGGCAUUGCUCAUCGCCAGGACGGCACCGGGAGAUACGACCGUCGGCGUCCUCGACUGGAAGACGGAGACCAGUCUCACUCCCGACCUUGCACGCAUCGUUGGGCCUCUCUUGCCCUCGACACCCCUGCCGCGAUGUCCACCGAGGGUGAUUGCUCUGACCGGAGCAUCUGGGUUUUUGGGACAACACUUGCUGCGACACCUCCUUGCCCAGCAGCAGCCCGUCGUUGACCAGGUAAUUUGUAUUGCAGUACGUCAAUUAGCCGAUCGAGCUCAUCUCUUUGCCGGAUUGGACCGGCAGCGGGUCGUGUGCUACGAAGGAGACUUAGCGGCGCCUCGACUGGGGCUGAAGGAAGACGACGCCCAGCGGAUCUUUGGCACGGCGGACGCGGUGAUUCAUAAUGGAGCGGAUGUAUUCCAUCUCAAGAACUACCAUACUCUCAAGGGUGCAAACGUGCAAUCGACUCAGGAGCUCGUUCGGCUGUGUCUUCCCCGGGGUAUUCCCCUCCACUACAUUUCCACCGCCGGCGUGGCCAUGUUCACCACGCGCGAGGUUUUCGCCGAAGUCUCCGCUGGCGAUGCGCAACCUCCUUCUGACGGUUCUGACGGCUACACGGCUACCAAAUGGGUGAGCGAGCUGUACCUCGAGCAGGCCAGUCAGACGUUUCAGCUGCCGGUCUGGAUUCAUAGGCCAUCCAGUGUCGUCCGUCAAGAGCGCGCGGGGGCAGCAGAAGCCAUUGACCAAAACCAAGACAACCUGGACGCAAGACCCAUGUUCGAUCUGCUCCAAAGCCUCCUCCGUUAUUCCUGGCACCUAAGGGCCGUGCCCGUCUCCACCAACCUGAAAGGCUCCUUGGACCUGGUCUCGGUGCAGAAUGUGGCGCGCGGAGUGGUGAAAGCGGUGGUAGCCCAAUCGAUCGACCAGCGUAGAGUGGCGUACAGUCAUCUGACCGGGGAUUUCGAUCUACCGAUUGAUGGAUUGAAGGAGUAUCUUGAGGGGGAAACGGGAGAGGCGUUUGCGAUGCUACCGAUUCGCGAGUGGGCGCGUCGAGCGGAGGGGGCGGGACUUCAUCGCACCGUGGCCACGGUCUUCAGCCAGGUGGAUGAACUGGCAAUGCCGCUGCAGUUCCCACGAUUUGCGCACAAAAACGGGUGGAAAUGGAUGCAUGGAGGUGAAUUAAGGUGGUGA